UGGGCGCGGGCCACGUGACUCGGUGUCAAAGGUCACCGCCACCACAAUGGAGCUCUCCGAGCUGGUACUGCAAGGGCUGCGGCUUUUAGCCGAGCCUGAGCCCUUCGAUAGCCGCACGUAUGCGGCCUUUGUUCAGAUCGCCUUCCGUGGCCUCGUCUCUCCGGAACUCGACGCCGCACUGCUCGGCGACCCCUUGUUAAAGCACGUCGCCCCGACGGUGUUACAUCAGUGUCACGUCGCCGCCACAACCUGCAUCGUGGAAUUUGCCAAAGUGAAUGCGGACAAGUCGACCAUCGGAGCCUUCCUUGAAGACUGCAAGUUUGACGGAGACAGAAUUGACAUUUUUUACGAGGAGUACCAGAAAAACAAAUUAAAGGUGGAAGGCUUGCUAGGAAGUUUAGGAAGAUGUCCGCCGCACAUCUGCGAUGUCACUUGGCGUCUGGAUUAUCAGAUCAAGAACAGCCACGUGCACCGAGUGGACGAGCCCCUCUAUCUGAUUGCACUCCAGUCCGAGAAAAGGAUGUCGGAGCCCACGGAUGAAAUUAGUUUUAGCUGCACGAUGGAGCAACUGCAGGAUUUGCUGGGGAAAAUGAAAGAUGCCUCAAAAGCUGUGGAAAAGGCCGCUCAAAUGCCCGUGAGGGGCGGCACCGUUCAUCUAACGGGAGUCACCUCCAAAGGGGGGGCGGCGGCGGCCGGUGUGCUGGCCUCGGAUUCCACCGACACUAAUUCCCAGGCCACCCUUAAGGAAAGAGAGCACGUGACCGCGCGGGGCGAUGGCCGCUUGGCUCGCAUUCGUUCUCUGCUGAUCCGCUUUGAACUUUCAUUGUUUGAAAGGAACCGGCGGGCGGAACGGGAGCCCAGUCGCCGGUUGAACCCAGUGAAGUGCUGUCCGCAACUCUUUUUUUUUUUUUUUUUUUUUUUCCGUUUAUCAAGUGUCAUCCUCGAAACGGGGCUGCCAGAAAACGGCGACAGCAGACCCUCCCGGUGGAAGGCCGCCGUGAAUGAAGCCGCUACGCGCGUCUCGGGUGCCGUCAGCACGAGGGCUCAUGAAGCGGACCCGUCGGCUGCUGCCAUUGUGUGCACACAACUUUCUCAUAUGCGCUUCUACUUCGGAGCUAUGAUUUAUGACAAGUGGCUGCCCGGUGCGCCCAUUCAGAGCCGCUUCACGAAGCUUCGAGUCGCCGGGCUGCUGUCACUUCAUCGCUUCCCCCCGGCGCCUCCAGCCAACGCCAUGCAUCGAACCACACGGAUCAAGAUAACGGAGCUGAAUCCGCACCUGAUGUGCGUUCUGUGCGGCGGAUACUUCAUAGACGCGACGACCAUCAUCGAGUGCCUGCACUCCUUUUGUAAAACGUGCAUCGUCGGCUAUCUGGAGACCAGCAAGUACUGUCCGAUCUGCGACGUGCAGGUGCACAAGACGAGGCCUCUUCACAACAUCAGGUCGGACAAAACUCUACAAGACAUUGUCUAUAAAUUAGUGCCGGGACUCUUCAAAAAUGAAAUGAAACGAAGACGAGAUUUCUAUGCUGCUCACCCUUCUGCGGAUGCUACAAAUGGCUCAAAUGAAGAUCGGGGAGAAGUUGCAGAUGAAGACAAACGCAUAAUCACGGAUGAUGAAAUCAUCAGCCUUUCUAUCGAGUUUUUCGAUCACAGCAAAACAGAAAAGCAAGGAAGCACCGAGAAAAUCAAAGCCAAAGACGAGGCCAAUGACAAGCGGUAUCUGCGGUGUCCUGCAGCCAUGACCGUCAUGCAUUUGAGGAAGUUUCUGAGAAGUAAGAUGGACAUUCCAUGCACCUUUCAAAUUGAAGUUAUGUAUGAAGAUGAACCCCUAAAGGAUUACUACACGCUUAUGGACAUUGCCUACAUUUACACAUGGAGAAGGAAUGGACCGUUGCCUUUAAAGUACAGAGUGCGACCGGCCUGCAAAAGGAUGAAGAUCCACCAUCAGCAGCAAGCCGGGCCGAACAGCACGAGCAUCGACAUGGAGAGCGACUCUGGCAGCGACAAAGCCAGCAGCCCGGCUGGAGUGCCGUCCACGUCAUCGUCUUUACCCAGUCCUUCCACCCCAGUCCAGUCUCCCCAUCCACACUUUCCGCACAUCUCCACUACGGUUAAUGGUUCCUCUGUCGGCCUGAGUCCAAGUCACCAGUCACCCUUUGCUAACAAAGUUCGAAAAGCCUCCCUUAAUGGAUCCUCGACGUCUUCGGGAUGAUCUUUGAGUGACUCUGUGGAGGUUGAUGACGGACAGCAGUGACUUGGAGCCUUGAUGCCAUUACAGCUCUUAUAGUAGAACCCUCUUUUUUUGUAAUCGGAGUACAUUUUCUAGUGAGAUUGCUUUCUGGUUAGAAGCAGUUGGACACUUCAUUUAUAUUUGCUGUGACUUCAGUGUUUCUUGAUGUGUAAGCCAAAUGGCCUUCAUGAGGAUGACUUGCCGUUACUUGAUGGAGAAACGAAAGACAAAGUAAUGGGAACACCUUGGCCACAUUUCCCCCCCCCCCCUCCCCC